CUCUGGUUGUUUAAAUCACAGAAGAGUUUUUUGCUCUUUGUUUCACUCUCAAUGAAUUAGAUAAACUUGCUUUAACGUCGUAUUAUAUUUAAAGAAUGUCCUCCACAGACCGAGUGGACAUUUUAAGAGAGCUUAACAAAGACUUGUUGAACCAGUUGAAGCAGCAGAGAAAGAAACUGGAGCGGCUGAGCGGCUGCAGGCAGAGCCGCAAGAGGGAGAGAGAGGACGAGGCUGGGGAGACGAGAGACCCCGAGGAGAGGAGAGACCCCGAGGAGAACCGGACCCUGACCCGGGGAGGCCAGGGCUCUUCCCGGGCAGGCCUCGCCAAACCUACCGUGAGAUUUUCCGAUACAUGUGAGAGACGGAUAGGCACCCAGAGCUCUGUUUCAACACCGUCUUGUACCUCCAAAUACAAAAAAGAGACUGCUCAACAUACAACAUCAUCAGACCUUUUCAAGGACAGCAACAACGUUCAUCCUCUGGUCCACAGCAGGCUGCAGGAUAUGAGGCCAGCCAUCACCAAGUCCAGUCUCGUAAAUCACAGCAAAGAACAGGGGGAUGUUCAGAGUCGCGUCACAUUUCAGUCUGAUGAAUACGAAGAGAUAUCUGCCUCAGACAGGCAUCAUUUGCAGCCUUUGCUGGGAUAUGACUGGAUAGCAGGAGUCCUGGAUGCUGAGGACUCCUUGAUAGAGCGUUCUGACGAGUUCUUCAAUGACCUACGCACAUUUCGAUCACUAAAUAAAGACGACUGUGUCCACAGCCCACAAGCAGAAUUUCCUGAGGAGUACCAAUCGGUCUUGCCACCGCUAACCAACAAACACGGUCCAGAGGCCAGCACUGACACUCAUCAAUGUACGUUCUCUUACAGAAUUAACAGCAGACUGUUCCCCGUCCCACUUCACUCUAAGGAGAGCUGCCCUGUGUGCAAAGAGCUCAAAUCCUCAAAUCCUCACACUACUGCUGAUCCAGCUCUCAUCAGGGUCAGCAUCCCUCGCUCCACCCUCUUGCCUCCUUACAGAUACAAAGCUCAUCGCCGGUGCAGUUUUGACCCCUCUGAUAGUGUUGGGUUACCUUCGCACUGUCUCUCAGGCUGGUCCAACACAGCUCAGAGCAUGCUGCCCCCCCCCAGCAGCCUCGAUCUGCGGAGCAGUCUCGUUACGUCAGAGAACAAGGAACUCGAGGAUCUCUCUUCACACAAAGUGUCCGAAAACCAGGUCUCCGAUGUGUCUCGCUUGGCUCGUCACAACUUCCAACACUUCUCCUCCAAAAGAAAACUAGGAAGCACAUUUUACCCUUUGCACUGACAGACAAUCAAAGGCUAUUUUGAAGUGAUUAUAAAAGUUCCUGUUAGCCAUUUGUCCCCACCCAAAACUAUUUCUGAACUAUUUGCUCAUGUAUUAUUCUUCAAUAUGAAACAAACAAACAGUGAUUUAAAAGGGAAUGAAACGACAGUAGUAAGUGCUUUCUCUUUUAAAUAGAUUCAUUUAAAACAUGUUUUUCAAAUAUGUCAGGUGCUGAAAUGUAAUGAGUUAGAGAUGGAAAUUCCAUGUCAUGUGACUAAUUACAAGCCAGUUUACCAGUAAAUGGAAAUGCGUUUAUAUAGCUCUACUUUUACAAUAAUAGGCCAACAUUCACACACACUCACACCAAUAGCUAUGUCUUUAAAAGCCAUCUGGGGUUUAGUGUAGUUCCCAGAGACACUUUAACAUGCUGACUGGCAGUGAUCAAACCGCUGAUCUUCCAAGUUGGGACAGAAUUAGACUCUACAUGUGAGUGUCAGCAGUUUUGUGAAGGUGAAGCAACAGCUCAUAAUGUUACCCCACAGUGCAGACUGUUUAGAAUGGCACAUGAACAAAUCAUUGUGAGUCCUCUCUGUUGCCCUUUCCAGCUGUUUGCUUUGGCUCCCAGGUUCACACAUACUUCUGUUUCUAACUUCCUUUGACACUUCCUGACUGUCAGACAGAAGCAUGAUUUACAGGAAACCCCACCAACCUAUACCUAAAGUCUGUAGCAAUCCCACUUACGACACAUCAGAUUUUCCAAUGUGUGUCUUGCAGUCUUACAUAUUUGAAGAAUUAAGUAUAUGUGUUUGGACACGUUGAAUGAAACAAAAUAAACGUCCAAGUAAAGGAAA